GGCCGGGCAAGUUGCGAGAAGUCGCCGCGUGAUCUCGGGGCUCGGAUAUAUGGUCCAACGCUGCAACGGAUUUUUUGAUCAGUCAUUGUUAUUGCGUUACAUCCAGUCAAUAAUCGCGCCAGUUUGGUUUGGGGUUGAAAAGCUGCUGAUUGGAAGUGUGCGAGAUCAGGUUAUAGUGCUUUGAAUAAUCUAUACUGCGGGCAGGUGAAUUUAGGGCGUAGCCUUGAGCAACGUGGGGUAAGGCUGUGAGUGCAAGUAGAAAAAUGAACCCCGCAUGCACAUAAACAGUUAAGAAAAAGUGAGGUAGUCUAGUUUUGGUCAUUGUGUAGUGCUAAAUUUGAAACAAAGAACGACUGAACCUAAAUAACGAACAAACAAUGGCUCGGUCCAACCCAGCGUACAUCCACGAUGGAGACCUGCACGAUCUAGGUCUUGGUCACAACUAUCGCGAAAAGCCACCACCUACACCAACUGCAGAUUCCUUCUCAAAGCAACCGAUCCAAAACGGCACCACCCCCGCCCCACAUUUCCACACCAGCACACCCAACACGAUGAGCCUGUCAAAGCCCAACAAAGUCCUCCGGGACAAAUGGGGCAAGGAUAUCGAAUUCCUGCUGUCGUGCAUCGCCCUCUCGGUUGGACUGGGCAACGUGUGGCGGUUCCCGUUCACGGCCCUGGAAAACGGUGGCGGGGCCUUUGUGAUACCCUAUCUCAUCGUGCUACUGCUGGUCGGGCGUCCGAUCUACUACUUGGAGAUGUUGAUCGGACAGUUCUCGAGCCGAGGUGCCAUCGAGGUGUACGACGCGGCGCCGGCCAUGCGUGGGAUCGGCUACGGGCAGAUCUACUCGACGUUCAUCGUGAUGACUUACUACGCGUCGAUUAUGGGCAUCACGGUGCGAUACCUGAUAGCGUCGUUCGGUAAUCCGCUGCCGUGGGGCGAAUGCAGGGACAGUUGGAAUGCGACGUGCAUUGAUUCGAGCUUGACGGUCAAUGUCGCGGAAAAUACCAUGGAGAAGAAGAUUUCGUCGGCGGAGCUGUUUUUUGAAGUAGAGGUGUUGAACGAGGCAUCUAGCUUGGAUGACGGAAUUGGAACUCCAGGAUGGAAGCUGGUCGUAUGCCUUCUGGUACCAUGGACAUGCAUUUGUCUAAUAUUGAUCAAAGGAAUCAAGAGUUCUGGAAAGGCAUCGUACUUCCUCGCUAUCUUCCCGUACAUAGUCAUGCUGGUGCUACUGAUACGAGCAUGUACUUUGGAAGGGGCCAGCAAGGGAAUGCUAUAUUUCAUCAAACCCCAGUGGGACCGAAUCCUGGAAGCCAAAGUGUGGUACGCAGCCGUAACACAGGUGUUCUUCUCGCUAACAGUGUGCUUCGGAAACGUCCUGAUGUACUCUUCGUACAAUCGAUUCACCAACAAUGUUUACAGAGACGUCACCAUCGUUUCUGUCCUGGACACCUGCACUUCCCUACUAGCCGGUUUGAUCGUAUUCGGGGUCGUAGGUCACCUAUCUCACGUACUAAACUAUCCGGAAAUUGACAAGGUAGUCCGAGGAGGUCCCGGACUCGCAUUCAUCACCUAUCCGGACGCGAUCGCCAAGUUUAAAUUUUGGCCACAAUUCUUCGCUUUUGCCUUCUUCUUAAUGUUGUUUGUGCUUGGAAUCGGAAGCAACGUUGGAAUGGCGACCACCAUCAUGACCGUGGUGCGAGAUCGAUUCCCCCAUUUGAAGGCCUGGCGGGUUGCGAUCGUUAUCGCGAUCAUCGGGUACGGAGUUGGCAUCAUCUAUACUACUCCAGGGGGGCAGUACUUACUGGAUUUCCUGGAUUUCUACGGAGCUUCGUUUGUGGCGUUGGUGUUGGCCGUGUUUGAAAUGUUCACUUUUGCUUGGAUCUACGGCGUUGGAAGGAUCUGUCGUGACAUCGAAUUUAUGCUGGGGAUCAAGACUGGUCUGUAUUGGAGAAUCUGCUGGGGGUUCAUCACUCCCGUUAUGCUCGCCGCAAUUUUGUUUUAUCAUAUUGCAACGUAUAAACCGUUCACGUUCAACGGUUAUGUCUUUACAAAUGGAAUGUAUGCAUUUGGAUGGUGCGUCUUCGCGUUUGGAGUUCUCCAGCUGCCUGGUUGGGCGGUGUACGCAGUGUUGAAGCGAAAAGAACCAUCAUGGAAGGACCGGAUAUUGCACUGUUUCAAGCCGUUGCACCACUGGGGGCCGGAGGAUCCCGAGUUGAACGCAAAAUAUCACGAAUCCGUUUACAAGUAUGAUCAGACUCUUCCAGUUGGUCGAAGUGUUUGGAGAAAGAUGCUGGAUAAUGUUUUUCAUUGAAUCGUCUCAUCAAUUGAAAAAGUAGCAUAAGGACAAACGACAAAUAGCUUAAAACAUACGUAGCACGGUGUGUCUGGUAGAAGAAAUUUAUUACAAAAAAAUAGGCAUCGCUAAUUUUUACGUUGCGUGAAAGUUGACGCUUCUAGCUUUCAUUCAAGCCCAACAUCGAAAUAUUCCAUCGGGGGAACUUUUUCAUACAAAAAUUGGGUAUGUUUGUUAAGUAGAAAUAGGGAUUAAUUUGGAACCGUUCAUUUUGUAUGGGGAAAACAGUAUUCUGAAAAAGUUGUUCGAGAUCCCUCGGUGGAUUUUUUUGAGGGACCGUGCAAAUGAAAGCUGAAAACCUCUAUUUUUGAAUAGCGAAAAAUUUGACGAUGCCUAUUUUUUGUUAUAAACCUUUCCCAUACACACGCCGUGGUAGUGUAACCGAUGUAAUAAGUGUGGGAAAGUUGUACAAAAUUUGAUUCAGAAUAAUUUACUUUUGGAACAUGUAUGACAAUAAACUUAUAUUAACAAAAAUUGAGUUAUGAGUCA